GAAAGUGUUAUAAUCGAACUAUCAAAUCGAGAUUUCGAUAGAACAGAUAGAUUCGAUCCUUUCCACUUUACUCAGAUUUAUCGAAAAAUACCAACGAUUUAUCGUUUCAGUUAUAUUAUUUGUUUUUGUUUAUCCUUAUCAAAGUAUUUAAGUGCGUACUCCAAAAUAAAAUUUAUAAUUAUUAGAUAAGUAAAAUGACAAUAAUAAUUAACUAUGGCAUGCUGGAUCCAAUUGACAUCAUUUGAGAUUAGUCUAAUUUUAAAUUCUUGAUUAUUACUCUUUCUAAGUGAAAAUAAGUGUAUAGAGUUAACGUAAUUGAUUCGAUAAUGGAGCGAUAUUCAGAAAUCCAAUUGCCUCAUGAAUAUUCAGAGUUCAAGACGAUGGAAAAUUUAUUGACAUGUCAAAUUUGUUAUGAUUAUAUGGAUACACCAGUUAUUACGCUUUGUUCUCACAACUACUGUUCAUUAUGUAUCAGAAAAUAUUUACACUAUAAAACAAGAUGCCCUCUUUGCUUCAAAGAGGCAUACGAAAACGAAUUGCGUCCAAAUAGAAUUUUAGAAGAUAUUAUUAAUAAUUAUACAGUAAUUCGAGAAAAAUUAAAAAAUGUAAUUAAGGAAGAAAAAGAUGUAGAUAAUAAUGUAAAUAACACAGUUGAUAGUAACUCGAAUAGUACAUUGAAUGAUGUAAAAAUCCUACAGUCUGCAAGCGGACUGUCAGAAGAUGUUAAUAAGAAGAAUGACAAAGAUGACAAUGAAGAUGAAAAAUUGAAAUUUUCUCAAACAUCAAAAGACUGUCAGUUUAGUCCUAACAAAGCAUGCUCCUCACAGUCAGAGGCGAAAAUAAUUGAAAAUUGUUCUUCAAAAAUAAAUGAAGCUGACUCCAAAGAUAAAGGGAAUAACAAUGAUAAUAAAAAGAAAAUCGCCUGUUCAGUCUGUCAGGUGGAAAUUUUAUUAAUAAAUAAAGAUAAGCAUGCCGAAGCCUGCACUGAACGCGAAUCACAUCCAGAAAUAUUACCAGUGAAUAAGUCUGAACGUCAACCUUUACCAAAGUUAGUAUUAAAUUUAAUGAAAGACUCAGAAUUAAAAAAGAAGAUGAAAGAACUUGGUCUACCAAUACAAGGUACUCGAAAGGUACUGGAGAGUCGUUAUCUCCGAUAUUGCACACUCUACAACGCUGAAUGUGAUAAGAAAAAACCAAGAAGUAUUGCAGAGCUGUUAAAACAGUGUAAAGAUGAUGAAGCACUUGAAAAAAAGUUGGCAAAAGUUUCUUAAUUUUUUUAACAUAAAGUAUUUGAAAAAUGCUCACAUUAGUUGGAUUACACUGAACAUAAAAAAAAAAAAAAUUACAUGAAGUGAAAAAAAAUCCAGGUAAGAUUAAAUAAUUAUAUGAUUCAUGAACUUUGAAAAAUGAUUAAAUUAACAUCAAUAUAUUUUUUUUUAUUCUUAUACGUAUAUUUGUAUAGCAUUUUUGCGUGACAUGUUAUUAAAUAUAAUUUAUUAACAUCACAUUUCAUCAAUAAGUUGUAUUUAUAAUUCCAUUAUUAUAGAUUUUUAUUCUAAAUAUU